UUAUUAGGCUGCUACUUUACUAAAUAUACGAGAGAUCUCUGCAAUAAGGCCGGAAUCAAAGGAUGGGUUAAAAACUCCAAACAAGGAACUAUAGUAGGGAAAAUGCAGGGCCCGAAAGAGGAAAUUGAUAAAAUGACAAGCUGGCUUUCCAAAGAAGGCUCCCCUGGUUGCAAAAUUGAGAAAUGUUUAUUGCGGAACUCUAUAAUACAUAACCGUUUGGACUACAAGGAAUUUGAAAUCAGAUUUUAAUGUGACUCAUAUUAAAUUUUUUAAUACGUUUUGAAGUUUUAUAUUUUAAUGUUUUUAAUAAAACGCUUGGGAAAACUUCGAUAUAUA